AUGGCGAAAUUGGGGAGCUUAAUAUUCAUCUCUAAGCUUGUGCUUCUCCUCAAUUUUGCAGUGACAACUCUUGCAAAUGAUCCUAAUGAUUUUCAAGCAUUCUACUAUAUACAACAGUGGUUACCAUCGUACUGCAACCAAAAAGGAACACCAUGUUGUUACCCACCAACAGGAAAACCUAAAGCGAAUUUUGCAAUAUAUGGGCUAUGGCCUUACACAAGUGAUGGUAGUUCCAUUCAAAAUUGCGACGGUUCUAGUUUUGAUGUUGGUCCGCUUAAACCUAUAGAGAAAAUGCUACAAACUGAAUGGCCCUCUUUUACAUGCCCUCAAAUUGGGAGGAAAUUUUGGCUCCAUGAAUGGAACAAGCACGGAACAUGCUCAAAAUCCGUCCUAGACGAGACGUCAUACUUUCACACAGCUCUAAACCUCAAGAACAAGAUCAACAUCUUCCAAGCCCUCGCGAAAGCCAAGAUACAGCCCAACAACCAAUUUUACUCUCUAGAGAGCAUAAACACGGCCAUCACUCGAGCCACCGGAUUUCGCCCUUCAAUUUUCUGUAACCAUGAUGCUCAAGGAAACAGUCAGAUUUGGCAAGUUAUACAUUGUGUGGAUAAAAGUGGUGUGAAACUUACCAAUUGCUCUAGCACUCCUAAGAAUCAAGGAGGUUGUUCUUCUACCAUUAAGUUUCCGUCUUAUAAUUAA